UCUCAGCUGCCAACUACCCUUUUCCCUCAACCUCCACACACACACAUCUUCACUUCCUCUGCUUCCCUCAUUUCCAUCUCCAUCUCCGGCGACCCCUAUUUGUCGGCGUCGGAAUUCCGUCUCUUCUCCAACUCUGGCGGCGGCGCAGUACCUCUCUGAGCAGUGUGUCAGCGUCAAGGUUGGUAAUUAAGCUCAGAUCUGAGAGUCUGGAAAAAUGGUUGAAGGAGGUAUUUCUAAGGCAGACAAGACAGAGUUCACAGAAUGCUGGAAGACCUCAUGGAGGACCCCUUACAUUAUGAGGCUAGCCUUGUCGGCAGGCAUUGGCGGGCUCUUGUUCGGGUACGAUACAGGAGUCAUUUCUGGUGCUCUUCUCUACAUUAAGGAAGACUUUAGGAGAGUUGAAAGAAGCACGCUGUUGCAGGAAACCAUUGUGAGCAUGGCUGUGGCUGGUGCCAUAGUUGGAGCUGCACUUGGUGGAUGGCUGAAUGAUAAGUUGGGGCGCAAGAAAUCGAUUCUGAUUGCUGAUUUCUUGUUCUUAAUCGGUUCAAUAAUAAUGGCAAUUGCCCCAAAUCCUUUGGUGAUUAUUCUCGGAAGAAUCUUUGUUGGCUUGGGAGUUGGCAUGGCAUCGAUGACUUCGCCUCUGUACAUAUCAGAAGCUUCACCGGCUAGAAUCAGAGGUGCCCUUGUUAGCACCAACGGCCUGUUAAUUACUGGAGGCCAAUUUUUGUCCUAUCUUAUCAAUCUUGCCUUCACCAAGACACCGGGAACAUGGCGUUGGAUGCUUGGCGUGGCUGGAGUUCCAGCCAUUCUCCAAUUCGUGUUGAUGCUAACGCUUCCGGAGUCCCCUAGAUGGCUCUAUCGAGAAGAUAAAGUGGACGAGGCGAGGGACAUCUUGGAGAGGAUCUACCCGGCUGAUGAAGUUGAGGAGGAGAUGCAAGCCUUGAAGACCUCGAUUGAAGAAGAAAGAGCUCAGGAAAGCGAAAUUGGGGAGACCACUAUGCUGGGGAAAAUUAGGAAAGCUUGGAGUAACAAGGUGGUCCGAAGGGGUCUGUAUGCCGGUAUUACAGUUCAGGUGGCGCAGCAAUUUGUAGGUAUCAACACCGUCAUGUAUUACAGUCCCACCAUUGUACAGUUUGCCGGAUUUGCUUCAAAGAAGACAGCAUUAGCACUGUCUCUCAUCACUUCUGGUCUCAACGCUGUUGGCUCCAUUGUCAGCAUGUGCUUUGUUGAUAGGUAUGGAAGGAGGAGGCUCAUGCUCAUCUCCAUGGCUGGAAUAAUAACUUGCCUUCUGGCGUUGUCCGUUGUCUUCUUCCAAGCCUCGGCCCAUGCUCCGGCUAUCAGCAAACCCGACUCCACCCAUUUGGGAGGCAACUCUACCUGCGCCAGCUAUUCAACUGCCGCGGAUGUAUCCUCCUGGAACUGCAUGACUUGCUUGAGAGCGGCAUCAGAGUGUGCAUUCUGUUCAAAUGGAGAUCACCCAUACUCUGCUGGAGCAUGCUUGGCUUCCAACCCCAACGUAAAGCAAGCAUGCAAGGCAGAACGUGGUCGAGAAUGGUAUACGGCUGGUUGUCCAAGCAAGUUCGGGUUCCUAUCAGUGAUUCUCCUCGGGGCAUACAUCAUCUCCUACUCACCUGGAAUGGGAACAGCACCAUGGAUUGUCAACUCUGAAAUAUACCCACUGAAAUACAGAGGCAUUGGAGGAGGAAUAGCUGCGGUUGCCAACUGGGUAUCCAAUCUCAUAGUAAGCGAGACCUUCUUGUCUCUUACCCACGCUCUUGGCUCAGCCGGCACCUUCCUGCUCUUUGCUGCCUUCUCCUUCACUGGAACUCUGGCUAUUUACUUCCUUGUACCCGAAACCAAAGGCUUGCAAUUCGAAGAGGUAGAAAAGUUGUUAGAACAAGGCUUCAAGCCUGGUUCAAACAAGUCUAGAAAUGCUGCUCAUUCUACUUCUUGAUUGAUGAGAUAAUUGAAGCAUCUUUCUGAUCUGAGAUUCAACAAAAUUUUCGUGUUUUAACCGGUGACUGUAAAUACCUUGUAUUGCAAUCUCUUAGAGAGCCCCCCAUCUCCCUUUUACCAUAUAUUGGAUCGAUCUCAACGACAACAUCCCUAAGGCCAGAAGGAAAACAACUCUAGCCAGUUAGAUAGUAUGAGCGAGCUUGAUUAGUCAAAUCACCUAUGCUUUGAUAGCCCUAGCGAGUUAAUUGCCUUUUUUGUG